AUGAUAAAUGAUGAUGAUGAUGAUGAUAAUAAAGAUAAGAAAGUGGAGGAGGAAGGGAUGGAGAUUAAGAGUGAUGAUGAUAAUGACGAUGCUGAACCAGAUGAUAAUGUUUCAAGUGAUGAUGAUGAGAUGAAAAGUGAGACGGAGUGUGAUUAUGUGCUUAAUGCUAUUGUGUAUGAUGUAAUAGAUAUUAAUGAAGAUUGGGAAGUGGAGGAGGAUAUGGAGAGUGAUGAUAAUAAUGAAGAUGCUGAAUAUGCUGAUGAUAUUGCAAAGUAUGAUGAUGGCGGGAAGGAGUAUGCGACAGAGUGUGAUGAUGUGGGGUAUGAUAUUGAUGAUGAUAAUAAUAAACAAGAGGGGGAGCAUGAAGAGGAAAAGAGGGAAAAGAAACGUAAUGCUGAUAAUGACUAG